AGAGAGCUCUGAGAGCCCACAACUGCUACCACAGCGAGACAUCGGCACACACACAUAGAACUCCCUCACUGAGAAAAAUCACAACAAAAGUAAAAAGUCAGCUCAAAACAAAAUUUAUCCGAGACGGUUAAAACCUGAUUGGAUACGUAAUUCCACACUAAAGUCAAAAUUAAUCUGUUGAUUAAUUUUGAUUUAUCUUAGGGAAUGAGUUUGAAGGAUAUUUGAGUUUUUUUUUUUUUUCUGAAAAAAAAACAAAAAACAAGUGGAUUUUUCUCAUCUCUAAAAGGAAAAGGAAACCAACACGAACUCUGGGAGGCAAGAAAAACGGAGGACAGCAGAAAAAACUGUGUCUUCCACGGCAUCAGUAGAAGAGUUGAGCGCUCCCCGGAGCAGGGCUGAGUGAUCUCCUCCCCCUGCGAGGCUCUUCCAGCGAACCCCCAGCCUGCUCGCACCAGCGCAGCCCCAGCCCUGCAGCCUCAGCACCGGCCGAGGAUGGCUGCAGCCAAGACCGAGAUGAUCCUCCCGACCCUUCAGAUCUCAGAGCCACUGAGCUUUCCUCACUCCCCCAUGGAUAACUACCCAAAGCUGGAGGAGGUGAUGAUGAUCGGCACUACGGGGACCCCCUUUCUCACUGCCUCCGCACCCGAGGGUGCAGGCUUUGGCUCUGGAGAGCCAGGAGAGCAGUAUGACCAUCUCACUGGAGAUACGCUUCCUGAUAUCCCCUUCAGCUGUGAGAAGCCGGGCGUGGAGCAGACAUACCAAACCCAGAGGCUGCCCCCCAUUUCCUACACUGGCCGCUUCACCCUUGAACCCGCCACCACCUGCAGCAACAGCCUAUGGGCAGAGCCCAUUUUGGGGCUGUUCACAGGUUUGAUGAACAAUGUUGCUCCCAGCUCCAUCUCUUCCUCGGCCGCUUCGCAGACCACCUCGUCCUCCUCUUCAUCGGUCCAAUCUUCAUCCACUUCUUCCUCUUCUACCUCCUCCUCAUCUCAGAGCUCCAGCCUCAGCUCCUCAAUUCACCACAGUGAGCCCAACCCCAUCUACUCAGCAGCCCCAACAUACUCCAGCCCCAACUCUGACAUCUUCCCAGACCAGGGCCAGGCUUUUUCCAGCUCAACCGGAGGGGUGCAGUACCCACCCCCCGCCUAUCCUAACAGCAAGACCUGCAGCACCAGCUUCCCCGUGCCCAUGAUCCCCGAUUACCUCUUCCCACAGCAGCAGGGGGAGAUCAGCCUGGUGCCCCCUGACCAAAAGCCAUUCCAGAGUCAGUCAAGUCAGCCCUCUCUCACCCCUCUGUCCACCAUCAAGGCCUUUGCCACCCAGACUGGUUCCCAGGACUUGAAAAAUGUCUACCAGUCUCAGCUGAUCAAACCCAGCCGCAUGCGCAAGUAUCCAAUUCGGCCAAGCAAAACGCCCCCCCAUGAAAGGCCCUACGCUUGCCCGGUGGAGACCUGCGACCGUCGUUUCUCCCGAUCCGACGAGCUCACGCGUCACAUCCGCAUUCACACAGGUCAGAAGCCAUUCCAGUGCCGCAUCUGCAUGCGCAACUUCAGCCGCAGCGACCACCUGACAACGCACAUCCGCACGCACACCGGGGAGAAGCCCUUCGCCUGUGAGAUCUGCGGACGCAAGUUUGCUCGCAGCGACGAGAGGAAAAGGCACACGAAGAUCCACCUAAGGCAGAAGGACAAGAAAGCAGACAAGGCGGGAGCUGUGGCGGUAACGGCAGCGCCGGUUUCGGCUGCCUCACCCGCCUCCAGUUAUCCCUCUCCCAUCACCUCCUAUCCCUCCCCAGUGUCCUCCUACCCCUCUCCAGUAACUUCGUGCUAUUCCUCCCCUGUCCACACCCCUUACCCGUCUCCUUCCGUCGCCACCACCUACCCGUCGGUGUCCAUGUCCAGCACCUUUCAGUCACAAGUCGCCUCCUCCUUCCCGUCCUCGGUCGCCUCCAACAUCUACAACUCUCCAGUCCCCACUCCACUUUCAGACAUGCAGUCCACCCUCUCCCCAAGGACAAUCGAGAUCUGCUAAGGCGGAGAAAAGAAUCUUUCCACAGUCUUUCUGCACCCUUCUUUCUAUAAGCUUUUUUUGAGUGGAAAGAAAUCAGCAUCAAAAGAACUUUGUUUUUCUCCUCCAAAAAGCACUUUUUUUGCUCCCUGUGCAGUGUAAGGUGAAUCUUGACGUUUACCUGAAAGAGAGAAAAAGACACAUGUCAAGGACUGGGCAAAGACAAUGCCAGAUAAAAAGGGAUAUUUUUCUCCCUGUCUCUGUAAAACAAAUGCAUAAGGGACGCCAGAGAUACAGAGUAGAAAACAGCACUGGCAGGUCUGUGCUAGUAGGUACACAAGAACCGAGAGACAAACAGAUUGCCAGCAGUCGUAGUGCUGAAGCUCGUUCAUCCUUGCAGGCACUCACACAAAAGACUUCAAAUGAUAUACAUAAGGUAUCAUAUAUGUAUAUUGUACAUGUGCCAUGUUGCGUUUUUAUCAUUCUUUGGUACCACUGAUGUGAAGAAUUAUUUGCAUAUUUGCAUUGUAUUAUUUGAAGUGAGCAGGGCCAUAUUUUAUACAUACUUUCUCUAUUAUGUAGUGAUGAUGCUGUGAUAUGUUUUGACAUUGUUUGAAAAAAAAGCACUUAAGUAUUCAAGCAUGAGUAAGAGUGAUGUUUGUUUCUGUUUGUAAAUAUCAUCCACCGGUACUAUCUUCUUUCUCUCUUUCUCACAUGUGACAAAUUGCUUGGUUAUAUGGAAAAACAGAGAAAUGGGGAAAAAAAAAACAUUUUGAAAAAAACUAAACAAGACAAACGCUCCCGUUAUUUGGUGCCUUUUGUGAAGCCUUGCUGAUGUUUUGACUUGGCUGAGCGCGAGAGAGGAUGCACCGCAUCUCGCCUUAAGGGUUGAGGGAAUAUUUUUGUUACAGAAUGUAAGACAUACUCAGAGGGAGGGAAAAGGACGAACUAUGAGGGCACCGCUUCAUUUUAUCAGAAUGUAAGCAAAAAAAAUGGAUUAAACAUUAUAAAGUAUAUUUUUGUAAAACUUACAUGUAAAUAUCUACAUCUUCAAGAGCUGGAAUGUUGAAGUUACCUACUGAGUAGGCAUGGGAUUCUUUUGUAUGUUAUAUACAUGCAGUUCAUUAUUUUGUGGUUAUCUUAAUUUUGUAUUUGUGUUUGUUAAAACAAGUGACUGUUUUCUGGCUUCCAAACACAUUGAAUGCGCUUAACUGCCAAUGGGAUAUUUGGUGUACAAGAUAUCCUCCCAGAAAUGAAAUAUAAAUAAAACAUGAAUAUCUAUAUAUAUGGA